AUGGCGGAUGUCGGGGAGCAGUUCUGUUUGUCCUUGGAUUUUGCGUCUGAAAAGCUUGGGCCGGAUGUUCUUUGGUUCAAUCCACCAGUUAAGUAUGAACUGCGCAGUAAUGGUUCUUCAGGUGUAAAGAUUUUCUCGGUAAGUUGUACAGAGUUGGAGGUGCAGGUGUUGUGACAGGUAUUCGACGGCCGUACGGAAUCGAAUAAUUUUAAAACAAUUAAUGAAUGAGGCUGAGUAUCUUAUGAACAAUUAUGGAGAUCGAGGAGGGCGUUAUCCGUCGAGGCCGUAGGCCGAGGCGGAUUACCUCCGAGAUCUCCAUUAUUCUUUAUAUGAUACGAAAGCCGAAUUCAAUAAUUGUUUCAUUAUAUUCAUUCAAAAUAAUUCCUAGUUUAAAAACAUGGCUAAAACUUACUCCAUCGAUGUUAAGUUUAUCUUCGAUAGUGCACGUUUAGGGUUGUUAAGCUCCGCAAAUAUUCUCCAAAUAGCAGAUGUCGCCCAUCGAGUUGUCUUCUUGCUGUUCUUGCCAUGUUUUUGCCAUUAUUUCACCUAGUUCUUACUCUUGAAACGAGUGAAAUGUCCGCCAUUUUUAUUUUCACGGCCAAAACAACUCAAUCCCUCAAUCCCCAUUGUCUUCUCAGUUAACGGUGCAUUAACCUGCAAGAAAGCUGCACUUUUGACGUCAUCAGUUGAUUAAUUGCAAAAUUCUUCCAAAUUUGGUCAUCAGUAGCUGGUUGUGGUGAAUUAUGAGUGUGCUUUUAGCCAAUCAGAAUCGGGGAAAUAUUUUGAAUGAAUAAUAAGAAUAAAUAAUGGCGAUAUAGAAAGCAUUUAUUUAGCCACUCACUACACCCUAACAUCUCCAGGUCUAGAAGAAAAUACAGUGUUAAGGUGCAUGUAGUAUUCCAGAUGUCCAGAAAUCCCGGUAAAAGAGAUUUAUAUGAAUGUCAACAUUUCUCGGUAUUCUUAUUCCAGAAUACGGUCAAUCGAAUGUGCCCUUUGUAUGAGCUUUUUCGAACUCGAUCGAUCGUUCUUCAAAUGAAAUGCACAUGUGAAAUAACUUUGCGGCACAUCUCCAAGACCUCCCUUUGUUCUCACUCAAAAAAAGAAACGUGUUACAGUUGAACCUCUCCUUACGGACGACUCUAUAAUACGGACACCUCUCUAUUACGGACAGUUCGUUUGGUCCCAGAAAUGCCAAAAAUUCUACAUUCCCUACCUCUACAAUACGGACACCUCUGUAAAGCGGACACUUGGUUCUGUCCCUCUGGUGUCCGUAUUAAAGAGGUUUGACUGUACUCUAAAAUGCUACAAUUUAAUGUAUCUGCAUAGGAGACAUAAAUGUGAACAAACGACUGAAACAAACGAAUCUUUUGUUACAAGAACUAAUGCGCCUCUGGUUGGCGCAUUAGCAGCAAUAGGUGAUGUCAACAGGAGUGACGCCAUAGGUUCAACUCCUAUGGAGAGAACAAGUCGUUAUGUCACAUUGCCAUAUUAGCAAAAUUUCAGGAUGACAACAAACUGAAAACGUCACUAAAAAAGUGAAUUUGCACUGUUUCAGACUUCAUCUAUCUUAUUUAAUUUCAUUAAUUGUCAAAUCUUGGCGAAAGUUUCUGGAGUUGAAUCCGAAAGGACCGUAUAUUAGAAAAAGAAAAAGAAAAUUGUUGUCUUGUGUUCACCUACUUCAUGAAGUGGGUGUGUGAAAAUUAGGAAGUUUCAUGUCCCAGUCAGGCAGUAAGGCUAAGAAAUGUGCAAAUGCACAUUUCAAGUUUGUUGUUUUGCUAAUAUAAAUGUAUUGCUUUAAUUUUUGCCUUUCUCGCUGUCACCACCAUCGUCAUUGCUUAAGCUCCCUAUUGUUGUGAUCCAGAGAUUUUGCUAUCAUGGUACCAUGACUUUUACACUUCUCCUCUCUAUUAAGAGUACUCAGAUUUUUGUUCUGAGCUGCCUGUGUCGCUGAAUGAGAAAUCAUCUUUGUCAUUUAUUCACCAGGCUUAAAAUUCACCGUCAAAUUACUGUAUUAUCAUCUUUGUCAGAUAUCUAUGUACAGAAUUAUAGACACAUGUAUUAUGAACGUGAAAAGGUUUUGAGUGCCCUUACUGCAACUGCUUGUAAAUUCUUUCGGUUUAUUUAUUUAUUAUUAUUAUAUUAUUAUUAUUAUCAUUAUUAUUAUUAUUGUUGUUAUUAUAGUUAUUGUCAUUAUAAUUAUUAUCAGCUGUAUUUUUUUUUGUAGAAAGCACAAACAGACUUCUGGAAGAGGUAAAAUUUCAGUACCAAGGUAUUAAUGUAGAGGGUGGUUGAGAUAAUUAUAGAUAUGCACUAGUCACUAGAAAACUGGCUUCAAUGGAUCAAAAACUCUUAAGAUGUCUUUGUUAUUUGUAUGUAGGCUUAUGAAGAAGCACUGAUCGGGCUUUCCAUUUUAUAUAUUUUGAUUAGAACUUACUACAAACCUGAAAUUAUUAAGGACGAUGGACAUCUACUCCAUCUUGUUGUCAAGCAGACAAACUCCAUCAUAGAGACGUCAUUUGAACUCACAGCUCUUAACCAGUUUGACCAGGUAAUGUCAGAUCUGUAUAUACUCAAGUUCGGGUUUACAGUCUCUUGAAUAUAAAUGAUAUGAAAGACAACAAAUUCCUAGUGGUUCAAUAACCAGUUAUUGGGAAGAUGUAAUUAUAAUUACAUGUUUUUUGUUCUGUUUUAUUUUAUUUUUUAUUUAUUAUUUAUUUAUUUAUUUAUACGCUGGGCAGAUCUGGUUUAGCAAAGGUCAGUAUAGAAUGAGGCUAAUUUAAACACAGUUUGUUACAAAGUAGCACACUGUCUAAUAAAUUAUUCGUAGACAUGAACUAAUGAAGAGAUCCCUCACAGAAAAUUUAUCUGCAAUUGCGGUUGGAUUGUGGAGAAAUUUUUAAAAGGGAUUGAAUGAAUCAAUAAAAUUACUAACAGCAAUAUGAAAUGAAAGAGAGUAAAAAUUAAAGUUGUUUGAUAAUUUUUCAGCAAAAUUAUGUUAAAACAAUUACAUUGAUCUGCAAAAAUUUUAUCUUUUAGGCAGGAAUAAUGAUCAGAGUUGAUGGUGAUCACUGGAUCAAGACAGUUAGUACAAUUAUGUAUAUUACAUCAGUCAAACCUGUAUAUAUAGUCACCCCCUUCUACCCACACUAAAAACCUGCAUCUAUGAACCUAGUUAGAUGGCGAGCAGUCCCUCAGGAUGGUUGUGCAAGCGAGGAAAUCAAGUGAAGCGAACACACAAAAAUUCCUGCCAAGCCUCGACUUGACUGACUGAAAAGGGACUUCUCGCAGUCUGGAACCGAGUGAUUUAAGAACCUGCUGGCAGUAAUUUGCCUAUUAAAUACCCCAAAAUAUAAGAACCUGUUUAGCCAAGCAAGAUCAAGCAGGUUCUUAUAUAUGGGUAGCAGUAAAAUAUUAUUGUAAACAUUUUUAACCAAGGAGUUUGACUUUGACAUGGGAAAUUUAUACUACAAGAAAAUUCUUGUUAACUUAAAUAAUUUUUAUUUUAUUAACUUGACCAAUUAUUUUUUUAGUAAAUUGUAUAACAAUUGCUACAGAGGAAAUAGUACCUAGUAUACAUUCUGUAAUCAGCUUUGUCAGGCUAAUCAUAAAAUUACAUUUGUGAAUAAAUAAUGUAUACUGGUAUUAUUUAUUUUAAAGAGCAAACCCAAGUUUAUCUAUUUUUCUGGUAAUCGACAAUUAUUUUUCCUUCACAGAAGUUAAUAACUUACUAAGAACCUACUAAGCCUAAAUUGUACGCUGGGUGCUAUGGGCUUUUCAUGCAGGGUUUCUGGUUUUGGGUCUUUAGCUGAAGACAUGUCAACCUGCAGCUGACAAAGCUCCCUGCAACAUGCUAGAAAAAACCUCUGGUACCUUCCCAAAGUACCUAAAUUGUGAAUAACUUCCCCAAAAUACAAGAAACUUUUUCACCAGAAUGUAGGUUCUUACACUUGGGUUUUUAUGGUACUACACGGAGCUCUCACCGAAGUUACAGAGAUCUUCUCCCCGGAUUAAUGUUCAGUAACAGCAGCUACUGACAUUCGUUCUGACUUUGUUUUAAAUCUUGGACACAUUUAUUAUUAGUUCAAUAAUUUUUUGUAUAUGUUUUUGUGGUGAAUGUUAUCAGGGUUUGGAGUAUGUUGAUGGAGAGUGUUCCAUGAGUUGUGUCGUAACAAACAAGUGGAGUGACUGGUCAACCCAGACAUGGAAGAGCAAUAAACUGGCACUAAGAGUACACAAGAUACAAGAUGAUUAUGUGGUACAAACACCAACUUUUUGAAGUUUUUCCCUUCAUCCUUUGAUAAGCAGUUUACAGUAAAUAUGUUUCUUUAAAUGAGCACCUAUGCUCUUAUUUGCACCCUCCUUCCCUCUCAACUUCUUUUUUUUUCUUUGUUUUCUUUUUAUGAUCAUUAUUCUUUAAUAGCAUCAACAUAGGAGAAACAAUUAUUCUUCUUCAGUAAGACAAUAAAAUUAAUAUGUUUCAGUUUUCUCUAUAAUUAUAUUACCUCAAUCAGGAAAGACCUCAAUUUUGUAUCCUGCGCUUUCUAAGCACUAAUUGCCCUCGAACAUUUAAAAAUUUGUUAUUGCCAAAGCAAAUAAGUGGGUAGAAAGUAGCUGCAAAUAGAAUUUUCCAGAUUGAGAUAAUGUUAUUACAUAAUUAAAUACCUUCUUGGCUUCGACAAGCAAACUCUCGCAGAAUUAGUUUUCUCCAUCCCCUUUUGAGAACUUCAAGUUGAUACUUGUGCAGUGCAAAUUUAUAGAUUAUUAAGGAAAUAGGUAUAUAACAUUUAUUAUAAAUCCUCUCUUAAUCCUCCCUCUGUAAAAAGUCCUCCCCUUUCAAGGAUGGAAAGUUAGUAAGCUUCACAAGGGAAUUAAUAAACACAGACUUUUUGGUUAAUAACGACAGAAACACUUCAUGUGGACUGAUGGUUUAUUCACAUACUGGAAGUUCAGAUUUGUUUUCUAUCUUCCACUGUAUGACCUCCAACUUCAUAUACCCACUGAUACUUCAUGAAUAUACUUUGCAUUGUUGUUUUUCAUGAAGAACUGAUACCAUCGUUCACUAAAAUUAAGUAAGCCACCCCUCUCAAAUAUCCCCCCCCCCCAUCAAAUGCCCUUGAAAUACAUAAGCUUAAUAGAGGAUUAAUUUACAGUAGAUGUACAUGUAUCCACUGGUUUUUGUAUUACUUCAAUUAAAAUUAUUGACAUAACGGUAUUGUUUAUUCUAAUCUUACCCUUCAGAUUGAGAGGAAGUUACCCAGUGAAAGCUCUGAAGAUUGGAAAUUUGUUCGUAUUGCUCAUUUGGAUUCAGGUGGAAAUGCAGUAAAGAUUGGGCUAUAUUGUUGUUCACCCACUGAAGAGGGAAUGAGUGUAGUGUUUGACAAACUGAGUAUUCGGCCUUCAGAUGGAACAUAUAAUCACACAUACUGA